AUGGAAAUUCCCGGCCUCCCCGGGGAGGGAGCUGGGGCUGCGCGCUCUGAAAGGCUCAUUUAUCGCCGCGCUGCCGCCCAGAGCCGGGACCCGGGCUGCUGCUGCCGCCGGCCCCGGCGCAUCCCGCCCCGCACCAUGCCCCGCGCCCGGGCCCCGCUGCUGCUGCUGCUGCUGCUGCUGCUGGCGGCGGCCCCGCCGCACGGCGGCUCCGAGAGCCCCAAGGGGAAGCAGAAGGCGCUCCGCCAGCGGGAGGUGGUGGACGUGUAUAAUGGCAUGUGCUUACAAGGCCCCAGUGGCGUUCCUGGACGGGAUGGAAACCCAGGAGCCAAUGGGAUCCCUGGGACACCUGGGAUCCCGGGACGGGACGGGCUGAAAGGGGAGAAGGGCGAGUGCAUGCGUGAGAGCAUCGAGGAGUCCUGGACACCCAACUUCAAGCAGUGCUCGUGGAGCGCGCUGAAUUACGGCAUCGACCUCGGGAAGAUCGCGGAAUGCACGUUUACCAAGAUGCGCUCCAACAGCGCGCUCCGCGUGCUCUUCAGCGGCUCCCUGCGGCUCAAGUGCCGGAGCGCCUGCUGUCAGCGCUGGUACUUCACCUUCAACGGGGCAGAGUGCGCUGGCCCGCUGCCCAUUGAAGCCAUAAUAUACCUAGAUCAAGGAAGCCCAGAGCUGAAUUCUACUAUUAACAUACACAGAACUUCCUCAGUGGAAGGUCUGUGUGAAGGGAUCAAUGCUGGCUUGGUGGAUAUUGCCAUCUGGGUUGGGACGUGCUCAGAUUAUCCACGGGGAGAUGCUUCUACUGGAUGGAAUUCAGUCUCCCGAAUCAUCAUUGAAGAACUGCCAAAAUGACUUCCCUCCCUUUUUAUAAUACCUUUUUUUAAAACUUUUGUACUAUUUUUUUCAGAAUUUAUUUCAAUAGAGUUGGAUGCAAGUACUGGACUGAAAGGCACCAAAGCCUUGCAUCUGUAGCCUUUGUCUUGUUUUGCACAUGGCAGAGGCUUUUUAUAAUAAUCAUUUUAGAAUACAAAUAUCAAAACCAAGUUCAUUAACGUUUUAAUUUCUUUUUUGAUGUAAUACCACCACUGUUUUUAGAAUUAACCUUAACUUUUUGUAUCAAAUAAAUAAGACCUUUUACAAAAAAGAAAUCCGGGUUAUUUUAUUGAACAUUAAUCUGUUUAAGGUAUUUUACAUGGUGUUAUGAUACACGAUUUUUUUAGAAGGCUUUACAGAUAAAGUUCUAAGAAAGUAAAAUCAGGUUGGCUUUAGCCUUCAGAAAACAUAAAAUGCACUCCUGUAAACCUGACUGCAGAAUAGGAUGCUCUGCUGUUACAGUCUUGUCUCAAGGAACUCCUGGUGACUUAACUGUGACCUAGACAACAUGGUAAGUGUUAAAUACCUCAUCAUGAAUAACUGAGCAAAACCAGACUGUCUGAGCUCUUCUUCCCUCUCUUGCUUCUCGAUAGGCUGGAUUUCAGUCUAAUAUCUAUGACUGGUCUCCAAUACUAAGAUGCAGACAUGAAAUAAUUUUACAGUUACAACACUUAAUUUCAUUGCUGCAAUAAAAUAAUUCUCCUGGAUUUAGCCUUUCACUUAUACAGAAUCACUUUGGUGUUGGUUAAAAGCUAGAUAUAUUAAGCAUUUUAGAAGAUACAGACAUAAGACAGGUUGAAAUGCCUAGGCUUUCCAAAAUUGACCUUGUAAAGUGAAACAAUGAUGUCAGAGCUGUUUGACAAGUGACAACACUGAUCACGCCAACAGACCACAAGCUUCAGUGUUUUAAAUAUUUUCUUCCAAAGGCUGCAAGUGACAUACUCAAAUAUUUUUUAAAACUG